AUGGUCGCCUACGGUACUUUUGGGCAACGCGUCUCGGCCAAGGCCAAGAAGAUUGCCGGCCUCGACGACGACUCCGUGCCCCGUUCCAUCUCCGUGCGAGAGUACUUCCAGGAGAACAAGCGUGACUGGCCCCAGGCUGCCCUCGGGUAUGUCAAGAGUCUCUUCCCCUUCCUACAGUGGAUGCCGCGCUACAACCUUACGUGGCUCACUGGUGACCUGAUUGCCGGUAUCACCGUGGGCAUGGUCCUCGUUCCCCAGUCCCUAUCAUAUGCUCAGCUCGCCGGCCUGCCCGCUGAGUACGGUCUCUACUCGUCGUUCAUCGGUGUUCUCACCUACGCCUUCUUCGCCACGUCCAAGGAUGUCUCGAUUGGUCCCGUCGCCGUCAUGUCUCUCGAAACUGGUGUAGUCGUGCACAAGGUUUUGGCUGCCCAUCCCGAUAAGUGGACGGCACCAGAGAUCGCCACCUGCCUAGCCUUCAUCUGUGGUUGUAUUGUACUGGCGAUUGGUCUUCUCCGCAUCGGUUGGAUCAUCGAGUUCAUUCCUCAGCCUGCCGUUUCGGGCUUCAUGACCGGCUCCGCCAUCAACAUUGCCGCCGGACAGGUCCCAUCCAUACUCGGUGUGUCCAAGCUCUUCAACACAAAGGAGUCGACAUACAAGGUUAUUAUCAACACUCUCAAGCACCUGCCUCAAUCCAAGCUCGAUGCUGCCUUUGGUGUCUCGGCCCUCGCUCUUCUGUACUUCAUCAAGUGGGGGUUGGCGUAUGUUCAGCGCCGUUACCCCAAGUACGCGCGAGCCGCCUUCUUCGCCCAGGCACUCCGCCACGCAUUUGUGAUCAUCAUCUUCACCAUUAUUUCGUGGCGCAUCAACGUGCACGAGGCCAAGCCCCGCAUCUCGCUUGUCGGCAAGGUCCCCAGCGGUCUUCGGCAUGUCGGCCGUCCGCUCAUCAGCGGCGAGCUCAUUGGUGCUAUGGGCUCCCACCUCCCAGUCGCGACCAUCAUUCUCCUCCUCGAGCACAUUGCGAUCGCCAAGUCUUUCGGCCGUCUCAACGGCUACAAGAUCAACCCUAACCAGGAGCUCAUUGCCAUCGGUGUCAACAACACCUUGGGUUCCGUUUUCUCCGCCUACCCCUCGACUGGCUCGUUCUCGCGCUCGGCGCUCAAGUCCAAGUCGGGCGUCCGCACACCGGCAGCCGGUAUCCCCACUGGUAUUGUAGUCAUCAUUGCGUUGUACGCCGUGGCUCCUGCUUUCUACUGGAUCCCCAACGCCACGCUUUCCGGUCUCAUCGUCCACGCUGUUGCCGACCUCGUCACCUCGCCCAGCCAGUCUAUCGCCUUCUGGCGCGUUUCGCCCCUCGAGUACAUCAUCUUCGUUGGCGCUGUCCUCUGGUCGAUCUUCUACAGCAUCGAAUCGGGUAUCUACUGGUCGCUGGUCUGCUCGGUCGUUCUCCUCCUCUUCCGCAUCGCCCGCCCCAAGGGCCACUUCCUCGGCCGCGUCCAGAUUCGCACCGAUGAUGCCGAGGAUGCCCCGACUCGCGAUGUCUUUGUCCCUAUUGAGGACAAGGACGGUGUCACCAACCGCAACAUCACCGUCGAGGCUCCUCCCCCGGGCGUCAUCCUCUACCGCUUCGAGGAGUCAUUCCUCUACCCCAAUGCGUCAUACAUCAACGACCGUCUCGUCGACUACGCUAAGAAGCACACGCGCCGUGGUAAAGACUAUUCGCAAGUCAAGAAGGGCGACCGUCCGUGGAACGACCCCGGACCCAAGAAGGGCGAGGAGAACACCGAGGAUGACCGUAGCAAGCCUCUCCUUCGUGCUGUAAUCCUCGACUUCUCAGCCGUUGCCAACAUCGACACUACCGGCGUCCAGAACCUCGUCGACGCCCGCAAGGAGGUCGAGAAGUGGGCGGACCGUACCAUCGAGUUCCAUUUUACUGGAAUCUUGUCUCCUUGGAUUCGUCGGGCGCUCAUCGCCGGCGGCUUCGGGCGUGGCGUGGACCGUGCGGACCCGAACGGUGAGAUCGCUCCCGUUGUCGGCGCGUAUGGUGUUGGUGGUGAUGCGGACCCGCGGAGCGUACGGCCCACAACGCCGCGCCCCCGCGAAGAUGUCGAGACCGUCAUCGAGACCAAGCUCGACGAGUCGGGCGAGACCUCGUCGUCCUCAUCCUCGUACGUCGACAAGAAGGCCGACUUGUACGGCACAGUCAACGAGUCGGCCAUCGCGAGUGACGCGGAGCAGCCUGGCGACGUCCGGCGCACCACGGGCAGCUUGGGCUCAAGCCGCAGCUCGCUCACACUCCUUGACCGUGCCACGCCCUUCUUCCACUUCGACAUUCCCGACGCGCUGCACAGCAUGGGCCUCGCCGGCAACAAGAGUGGCCCCGUCUCCGGCGCUCACAAGUAA